CUCAAAAUUUGGAUUUGGAUGCAUGUGCUGCGGCAGAAGAAUGAACUCGGAGAUACCUUGAUUUUGAAACAUACCCUCUAAAUAACAAUGCAUUUCUUCGCAUUAUUUCUACACAUGCUCUCACAAAAUUGCCCACUCUAUUUUCUUUCUCUCAAUCAACUUGCAUCGGCCAGCCCAACUCCCCCAAUUUCCUCGCAAUAAUGUCCUUCCAAUUGCCAUCAGAAAAUGACCCAUUCUACAAACGCUUCUUCAUGACAAACCUGCUCUUCAUUCAGUUCUCCGUUGAGGUUAUGCUCCCCAUUGCAAUUGGUAUCGUUGUCAUCGGAAUGAUUGUGAUGCUGUGCGGUAUAGUGCUGGGAUUGAUCCCGAAUCCUACCAAGAACACCGACGACAACAGCAGCGGCAGCAAAGGUGGCAAUAAGGAGGCCCAGGCCCAUUCCAGCAAUCCUACAAAAACGGUGGAUGAGAAGACGCGCGUCGAGUUUGAGAUGGAAGUGCUCCGGGAGAUGUUACACGCACGACAGGAGAUAUUGGACAAGUUGAACUUGGUCAAGAGUGAUUGAGAUUAGAGGGGAGUAAUUGUGGUGGUUGAUGAGAGAGAGGAAGUCAUUGAAUAUGGUAAUAGAAUGUUUUCACGAAAGUCACUUGUAACUUGUUGGAUGCGAGUUCUCGAGACCCCAUCGACACCAUUCACCAGGCGCUCCCAUUAGCAGUUCGAUCCAAAGAGGAGUCGAUGUAAAUAUCCAACAUCGGGAGAACUAAUAUCAGAAGACCCAAUAUCUUUAU